CGGGGCCUAUAUAAGGAAAUGAUCAAACUCCCAUAACUCUCACCUUCGAACCACUCUUUAAUUUGUCCAAGAGUUUCCCGCUGAUAAUAAAAGUAUAAAUUGAAAGAACGACACAGUAUAUAUAUAUAUAUGGGUUCGACGGGGAACGAAAGCCAGCUGAGGAGCCGAGCCGAGUGGGACGGCGACGAGGAAGACGACAGCUUAUUCGCGUUGCAGCUAGCAACCGCUGCAGUGCUUCCCAUGGCGCUGAAGGCAGCGGUGGAGCUGGACCUGCUGGAGCUGAUGGCUAAAGCCGGGCCGGGAGCAGCCGUCUCGCCUUCCGAGCUGGCGGCUCAGCUCCCCACAACUAACCCGGACGCGGCCGUCAUGCUGGACCGGAUUCUCCGGCUGCUCUGCUCCCACUCUGUCUUGAAUUGCUCUCUCCGGACCCUCGCCGACGGCAGGGCGGAGCGGCUCUAUAGCCUGGCCCCAGUUUGCAGGUAUUUCACCAAGAACUCCGACGGCGUUUCCAUGGCGCCAUUGUUUCUCGUGAGUCAUGACAAAGUCCUCCUGGAAAGCUGGUAUCACUUAAAAGAAGCAAUACUUGAGGGUGGGAUACCAUUCAACAAAGCGUAUGAGAUGAGUGUAUUUGAAUAUCUCAGUAAAGACACAAGAUUCAACAAGAUCUUCAAUCGUGGAAUGUCAUAUCCCUCUAUCCUUAUUAUGAAGAAGAUUCUAGAAGGUUACAAGGGAUUCGAAGGGCUCAAAUCUUUGGUGGAUGUCGGUGGCGGAACUGGCUCCACUCUUAACAUGAUUCUCUCUAAACAUCCAAAUAUUAAGGGCAUUAACUUUGAUUUGCCUCACGUUAUUCAAGAUGCGCUUCCUUAUCACGGAAUUGAGCAUAUCAGUGGAGACAUGUUUGUGAGUGUGCCCGAAGGCGACGCCAUUUUUAUGAAGUGGAUAUGUCAUGAUUGGAGUGAUGAUCAUUGUCUGAAGUUCUUGAAGAACUGCUUUGAAGCACUUCCGAAUGAUGGGAAACUGAUUAUUGCAGAGUGCAUUCUACCAGAACAACCAGACACCUUCAGAGCAGAAAAAGGUGUGAUCCAAUUUGAUAUCUCCAUGUUAGCAUAUUCU